CUCAGACCGAACUGAUCCCACGUGUGACGGAGCGCUGCAUUCCCGGCUCGCUGACACAGCUCCGUUCCAUCUGCCGACCUACCGUCUUGUGUGUAUCCGUUAGUCACUGCCUGUAGCUGGGUCAGAUAUGGAAGGAGACGGGAGCCAAACCACGUCUGGAAGCCCGAAUGAUUCGCAACACGAGACUGGGAAAAUGUUUAUCGGUGGCCUCAGCUGGCAAACUUCACCAGACAGCCUUAGAGAUUAUUUUAGUAAAUUCGGGGAAAUCCGAGAAUGUAUGGUGAUGAGAGACCCAACGACUAAACGUUCCAGGGGCUUUGGCUUCAUCACUUUUGCAGAUGCUGCCAGUGUUGAUAAAGUCUUAGCACACCCGCACCACGAGUUAGACUCUAAAAUGAUUGAUCCUAAAGUUGCCUUUCCUAGACGUGCUCAACCCAAGAUGGUCACAAGAACAAAGAAAAUAUUUGUAGGAGGAUUAUCAGCCAACACAGUAAUUGAAGAUGUGAAGCACUAUUUUGAACAGUUUGGCAAGGUAGAGGAUGCCAUGCUAAUGUUUGACAAAACCACCAACCGACAUAGAGGUUUUGGCUUUGUGACAUUUGAAAUUGAGGAUGUGGUGGAGAAAGUCUGCGAGAUCCAUUUUCAUGAAAUCAAUAAUAAAAUGGUAGAAUGCAAAAAGGCCCAGCCUAAGGAAGUGAUGUUUCCUCCAGGGACACGAGGUCGGGCCAGGGGCCUACCAUACACUAUGGAUGCCAUCAUGUUGGGUAUGGGCAUGCUGAGUUAUCCUAACAUUGUAGCUACAUACGGCAGAGGCUACACUGGUUUUGCACCAACCUAUGGCUACCAGUUCACAGGCUUCCCAGCGACAGCAUAUGGACCGGUGGCAGCAGCGGCAGUAGCAGCAGCUCGUGGCUCAGGGUUCCCUGAUUAUGGGUUGUAUUCCACGGCCAGCAGUGACGUGCGGGGCGGAGCGCACUACUCUCUGGCAGACUAUGGCUCCCUGGGGGCCCAGGCAGCAGCUCAAAUCCUGCCCAGUGAGCAUGCCAACUCGGCCUGCAACUCUCCCAGCUCCCUCCAGCACCACCUGCACAGCCCGGACCCUUUUAAGAGCCCAGGAACCAACCCAACCCGGCCAGGAGCCUUUCCUGGUGCCAACAGCCCUGGCCCUGUAGCUGACCUUAAUGGAACUGCCAGUCAGGACUCUGGUGUGGGCAACUACAUCAGUGCCACCAACCCUCAACCAGGCUCUGGCUUCAGCCACAGCAUUGCUGAAGGGCAGAUGGAAAUUAAUGGGAGCCUUAAAUCUGGGUCCAUUGAUUGCGACAGCUUUUACAAAUGGAUACCAUUGAAAACUAGCAGGGGACUGGUUGCCAUCUCAUUUCAGGUGAUGCCAUCCAGCACUAACCACUACAGCAUCCACGCAGUGAGCCAGAGAGGAGGUGGCACCAGAUGAAGAACACACAUCACAGAAAAAAUAUGACAGUCCAGUGGCAAUAAGUCUGACAUGCUAUGGAGAUCCUUCUGACUGUAUCCGGUAUCCUUGUGUUAACAUUUUACUUUUUUUUUGUUUUUCUUGAUUUAAAUUGAUUUGUUCAAUUGUGACUUUUUUGUCUUAGACUUAAAAUCAAUAAUGAAAACUUAUUUUUAAGUAUUUAGUUCUAAUGAUUUUUUUGUUUUUAUUUUGAUCUGCACGUAAAAAAAAGAAAAUACACUGUGGUUACUUAUUUUUUACUUUAAGUGAUUGAAAGAUUGUCAGUUUGCACAUACAAAGACAUCUGAUGUGAACCAUCUUGGCUCAGUGGAGACAGUAAUGGUUCACAUCAAAAACCAAGACAAACCAAUAACACAGAGUAGUUUGGGCUCUAGCAAUGUGGUCACUUAACGUACCUAGUUUUGGCAAUAAGAGGACUACAAUAUUUUCACAGUCCUGUUUUAUAAAUGUUUUGUUGUCUGGAGAAGGAAAAAAAAAGAAAAAAGUUGUCCUUAUAAUUCUGUCAGAUUUAAAAACUAGUGUAUAACUGUAAUUGUGUUUGAGUGGUUAUAGUGGUUUAGAGAGGGACAUAUCUAUUUUUUGUGAUGGUCGAUUAUGUGAAAAGGCCACAUCAUGCUAGAUGGGAGGACAUCAACUGUCUCUCCAGAGUCCCAUCCAUCGCACAACGCCGGAGGAAAAGAAAAACCCAUGGCAGAUUCUGCUCUGCUGGUUAUCUCUGUUCAUGCUCUUUGCUUCCCAACUGUGGCUAAUUUGAUACCAGCAUAUUUUGUCUACAUGAUGAGCUAUAGUGUGCACAAUUAGAAAAAGUCGACACAAGGUUGUUGUUGUUGUCGUUGUUGUUGUUGUCGUCGUCACACAAACAUCUGGGGCCCAUUCUUCGUACGUCGCUAACUCACUUAGCUGGAUUUGAUUGUUGGCGAUUUGGCAUGAUCUUGGAUUGUUUAGUUCUUCGACGCUCAUCCUGGACUUGCUGUCAUAGCAACAGGUGCGCAAUCUUAAACCUGCUCGCGAGCAGGCUUAUUUCAUGUCAACAGGAUUAGAUCCCGGCUAUAGAAACGGAGGUGAUAUGGGAAGUCUGUCGCAGCCAUGUCUUGUCCGUUUUUACGUCAGGAACCUGUUGCUGAAGGUGCCAGAAUAAUUCAAAGAGCUUUUCGAAGCUAUCGCGUUUUGCGAGAUCGACAGGAUCCUUUAGCGCAGCGCGAUAAUAUACUGAUUGAGAGAUAUCGUUUUUCUCGGGAGGGUCUCAUCUACAUUAUCAACUUGUUGGAGCCACACGUUAAAAGUUUGACUCGUCGGAAAAGAGAACACAAUGGCAUUACAAUGAACUACACUAGGAAAAAAUAUGAUCAAUAACAUAUUGCAAAACAUUACUACAUUAAGUUAUGCAGUUUUCACCUUCACAAGUCAAAGCAAUUGACUCAAUAUUUAUCUGUUGGAAUGACUGUACCAGCCAUUUGGAUUAUAGACAUACUUAAUUUAAUGCAGCAACAAAUUAUUUACACUGUAGCAAGAUGAUUUAAAACUCAUUUACCUGUAAUGAAGGUGUUGCUGUUACUGGUCCCUGGCUUUAGGUCUAAGGAAGAGCUGCCCCCAGGGAUGCCCUCCACAAUGGGUCGGUUCGCAUUUAGCCCAAGGGCCAGCUCUUCUGCCGGGGUAUAAUGUGGGGGUGCAGGACCACCACCUGUUUUUUUAUGCUCCGCCUUUUUCUUGGUUGCUGUUAUAAACAGACAAACAUCAUUUAAAAUGUUUUUGGGUAAAAGAGACUAAACAGUAGAAGUAGAAAAGCUUACCAGUUUGAAGAAUAUUCUUGUACUUCACUUUUACUUGUUCCCAUGUUCUAGUGGGUCCUGAGCUGGCUCUGACAUUAAGCAAUUAUGAAAUUAUUAAAAUACAAGAAUAUAUACUGUAAUAAGUGAUAUAACCAUAACAUGGAACACUUACGGAUUUAAUUUGUCUGCUUCUUUUUGCCAGCCCUCUCUCCUGGCUUUUGCAGACUUUGAGGUGUUCCCUGGCGUUUUAAUUAUUGUUUCAAACUCAGCAUACCCUUCCAGUCAUAGUUCUUGCUCUGCUGCGUUGAAAAACUGAGCGCGCUCUUUGGCCACGGUGAGCAGCCAAUAGCAGCGUUGCUGAUCAAUGUUUCUGCUAUCGAUACAUCUCCCCUUUUAAACAAGCGCGUGACCGCGCAAUUAUCUCACUAACUCAAUCCAGCUAUACUAAUCAUCAACAGCAGGUGUGUUCGAAGAACUUAAUUAGCCAGAUCAUGAUUAGCACGAUGAUAUCAUCUAGGAUGUGUCAUUUGAUCUCGGAUGUUUUAAGCAACGUACGAAGAAUGGACCCCUGGAUCUGCACUCUGUGACACAUUCGUCUGUGUCACUGCAACUCUGGAGCUCUGGAGCAUGAAAAGAAAUCAAUCCAAAGCACACCUGAUAGUUUUGGGAAUACUAGGCGAAUCAGUUGUGUCCUCAUAUUCAAAAAGAUGAUGUUUGUUUAAUAUACAGAUAUACUGUACUGUAAUUGUCUAUUCAUGUCUGGUGUCACACAAAAGGCAAUAUUUCAAGUUUCAUUUUUUGCAACUUGCGUUUUCUUUCGAGAAAGAAGUGCAGCAGAUGAGUGUUGCUUAUUACCUCAGUCCUGUGUAUUUUGUAACGAUGGCCAGAGAACUUAUUUGAAAAUAUGACUGGCUAACAAAGUGAAGGUGUUGCACUGAUUUUAGAGGUACGGCUGAGAGCAGAUUUCAUUUGCACGUUAGUUGGCUCUUUGAAGUGGUCUUUUAUUUAUUACUUGAUUUUGGUCAGACUAACUUGAAAAUGUCAGGACGUCUAUAUACUGUUUUAAAAUGUUGCCCGUUUGCAUACGGUUGAUCCAACAUUACUGAAUACAAAGAUGUUUUCAUAAAUGCAUUACAAAAAAAUGUAAAAGAAAAUAGGAAUGUUCUCUAUAAUUUCAUGUAAAUAUGAAUUUGCUAUAACUAAAGAAUCCAUUUUUCUUUAAGGUUUUAAAUGGUUUAUGAAUUGAUAAAUGUACGCUGUUUUCUUCCCCUCUGUGCUAAUACAAAUAUUUUACAAAUUACUUUUACAAACCAUGAGAAGCUGAAUGCUGGACUGUUUCUAAAAUGGGGACUUCAAGUACUAAUCGAAUGAUCAAAAAAAUUCAAACAAAAAAAAACCAAUGUGUUAUGUUGUUAAUUAAAAUGAGAAACAUGUAUGUUCCCUUGUAUAAUUUACAUUUCUAAAGAAAGAUUUGUAUCAAUAUUUUUGUGGCUGUUAGAAUUAUAUGAAUUAUAUCUAUCUAACUAACAAUAAUAAUAAUAAUAUGAUGUACUGUAUAUC